CUCGGUGACGUCACAAAGUCCUUUCCGAUUUAGACACUAUCUUUAUAAAACGCCUUCUAUAACACUAGUGUACUUUAGGGUAGUGACCAGCAAGGGGCAGAAACAUGGGGAACAAUGCAACCUUUUCCAUUAAACCGAAGACCGUGUCAUCAGACACUGAAGAGGUUAAAACCACCCCAGUCCUCCCCACAAUGUUCCUGGUGACGUCACUUCAGACAGGAACACUGGCAAUGCCUGACUGUGUGGGUACGGGACCGAAGUAAAAAUGGCCGCCGGCAGCUUCCUAGCCUUUCAAGCGUCAUUUCCGGAGAAGGCGGAGCUUUGGGGAACAUCCGUAUGGCUGUAGCAUAACCACGUGCCUUCCAGUAACCGUUCAUUUCGGUGCGCCCUCGGACCCGGACUGGUGCGGGAUUCUGCCACGUGACUGCUUUCCAUAUUCUGUAGUAUACAAGAUAUAUAGAUAUAUUGUGUGGCCUCCCUUCUGCCGGCUGCAGCCUGGUGAAAGCCAUGUCUCCCCAGGGUCGGCUUAUACUGAACCGAUUUGCAGGCUGCUGGCGAAAGAUGUUCAAGGGGCAGAAUUUGCUGGUUACUAACACAGUGAGCGCUGGGGUACUUCUUAGCCUCGGAGACAUAAUUCAACAGACUCGAGAGGUCAGGAAAGACCCAGAUAGAAGGCGAGACUGGCUGCGGACAGGUAGGAUGUUUAUCGUUGGCGUUUGUCUUGGGCCAUUGGAUCACUACUGGUACAUUUGGCUGGAUCGCCUAUUACCUGGAGCAACAACACAAGUGGUAGUGAAGAAAGUUCUCCUUGAACAAAUACUCGUAUCCCCUAUUCUGGGAGUUCUGUUUUUUGUUGGAGUUGGCUCCAUGGAAGGACAUGGUAUUAGGAACAGCUGGGCUGAAUUUCAAAGCAAAUUUUGGGAAAUGUAUAAGACAGAAUGGUGUGUAUGGCCACCUGCACAAAUGAUUAAUUUCUACUACUUACCAACCAAGUACCGUGUGAUCUAUGUGAAUGUCAUAACACUGGGCUGGGACGUCUACCUCUCCUACCUUAAACACAGGGAAUCUGCUGAGCAGAUCUGUAACUCGGGACCAUAGCUGCUCAGACAUAUGUCAUUGAAUGGAAAAAGAUAGCAUCAACCUGUAUCUGAGAAAAGAAGCUUGGCGAAAGUUGGAAAUUUGAUUGCACUGCAUUACCUUAUAGUUUAUUAUGGUGCAGCACCUUUAUACAUCAGUAUGCCAUGUCCCUCUGUUUUGUAGACUAUGGCCCAUUUUCCUGGUCCUUAUAUAGGCUGUCUAGGCAUGCACUACAUUUAUCAAAGUGGCUCAGGCUAGACACUUUUCUCUGACUCCAUACCAACUAUUGGUUGGCAUACUUUGAGACAGAUUUUUAUGUCCUGCCUCUUUCCCAUGAAGCAGCACCACCUUAUUGAGCAUGUCGGAAUAAAGUGUAGAAACCCUAGAUGCACUAAUUUGCACCACUUUUAUUAAACAGCUUUUUGGAGCAGACACAUUAGUCUUCAGACCCUUUUUUCUGG